GUCAAAGCAGAAGAGAUAAUACUAUUGAAGGGAAAGUUCUGUUUCUUGGUAGUGUUUGGUGGUGUCUGUCGUAGCAGAAACACUGUCCACACGUUUCGUUAGCUUCGCAAAUCCCGGGAUGUCGUACGCGUACCUGUUCAAGUACAUCAUUAUCGGGGACACAGGAGUUGGGAAAUCCUGUCUUCUUCUACAGUUUACGGAUAAGAGAUUUCAACCUGUCCAUGACUUGACAAUAGGAGUGGAAUUUGGUGCUCGAAUGAUUACUAUUGACAGCAAGCAAAUUAAGCUCCAAAUCUGGGAUACUGCAGGUCAAGAGGCAUUUCGUUCUAUAACAAGAUCAUAUUACCGCGGGGCAGCAGGUGCUUUACUAGUAUAUGACAUUACACGCAGAGAAACUUUUAAUCAUCUUACAACAUGGUUGGAAGAUGCAAGGCAACAUUCAAAUUCUAACAUGGUCAUCAUGUUAAUUGGUAACAAAAGUGAUCUGGAUAGCCGAAGGGAAGUAAGAAGAGAAGAGGGCGAGGCUUUUGCUAGAGAACAUGGCCUCGUUUUCAUGGAGACUAGCGCCAAGACUGCAGCUAAUGUAGAAGAAGCCUUUAUCAAUACUGCAAAAGAAAUAUAUGAAAAAAUACAAGAAGGAGUUUUUGAUAUCAAUAAUGAGGCAAACGGUAUAAAGAUUGGACCACAGCAUUCGCCAACAAGUCCUGGAGGUUUAUCAGGUACCGGUGGACAAGGUAGUGCGCAAGGAGGUGGGUGCUGCUAGGGGCUGGGGCUUAUCUGUCCACCGCUUCAUCCUUCUCCGAUCUGAAUUGACUAUCCUCCGCUCUUAAUUUUAAUCUGAACAUUACUUUGUACAAGUUAGUAAUUGUGCGCAUGUCACAUCAUAAGGUACGAAAAGUGACAAUUGGUGUAUUUGUUAGUAAGCUAAAAUAAUCUUAUAUACACGUAAUAAAAUAGGUUUGUUGUAAGACGAAAAUGUUAUAAAUUAAAACUCAUGUGAGACAUGAAAUAAAGUCUUUAUUUACAAAUUCUCAGAAAGAAUAUGAAUGAAGUUUGUCAUUUUUCAAUGUAUAUAAUUUUCUGGUGAACUGAAUUCUCACGAACAAGAGCUGAUGUAAUUUUUCAAUCAAAUAUAAUCAUUUUCGUUCUUGCAAA